AUGUUUUCUUCAUCGGUGUUCGACUUGCCGACCCACGCUGACUCGGCCGAGUUGGGAUAUGGAAAGAGCAUGGCGUUUGACACUUCAUCCAUGUCCGUUGUUGGCUUCAUCAAGCACUCCCUCAGCAUCAUUCUUGACAAUCAAGACUCAAAGCAGAUUUUCUACUUUUUGCUCCUCAACCUUUCAUACAUGUUUGUUCAACUUGCUUACGGCGUUUGGACCAAUUCACUAGGCCUUAUUUCAGAUGCCAUCCACAUGUUCUUUGAUUGCUUGGCCCUUGCUGUAGGUCUUUUCGCAUCUGUCAUGAGUAAAUGGCCGCCUAACCCACGCUAUUCUUAUGGAUACAAUCGAAUCGAAACGGUGGCAGCCUACUUUAACGGCGUAUUCCUUGUUCUCAUUUCAGUAUCCAUUGUCGUCGAAGGUAUCGAACGUAUUAUUGAUCCCCCAGAAAUGAACACGCAACGAUUAUUACUCGUCAGCUUUGUCGGCUUGGUUGUCAAUCUCGUGGGUAUCUUUGCAUUCAAUCACGGACAUGCACACGGCCAUAGUCAUGGUGGACACGAUCAUCAUCAUCAUCAUGGACACGAUCAUGGUCAUGGUCAUAGCGCAAAUAUGCAAGGUGUGUUUUUGCAUAUUCUUGCUGAUACGCUUGGAUCUGUGGGCGUCAUUGUGUCGACAUUAUUGAUCCAAUGGUUCGGAUGGACCGGCUUUGAUCCCAUUGCAUCUUUGUUUAUUGCUAUCCUUAUUGUGCUUUCAGUGAUCCCCCUUAUCAAGCAAUCGGGUGCAGUAUUGAUGUUGGAAUUGGAGGACAACAAAGUGUAUCAGGUGGAGGGUACCUUGAACGAGCUUGGACAAUUGGAUGGCAUUGCAAGUGUGCAUCAGCCCCGAUUUUGGCCUAAUGAAGCGGAGACGAUGGUGGGAUCGAUUCAUAUCCAAGCUAAAGAUGGCAGCGACCUUCAAGAUGUACGACGACGCGUCUCUGAAUUCUUGAUGAGCCAUAUUGAUGGUCUCAAGGAAGUAUGUGUUCAAGUGGAAUCUGAAUCUGGAGCACGUACACGCAUCAAAAUGAAUCAAGCUCAACAGCAAACGGGCUAUUUUUAUACACCAGCUUUUCAACAUAGCAACAUUGGCAUGAAUUACCGAACAUCAGCAGCUGCAGCAGCAACGCCUUCACCACCUCCACAAACUACCACUACAACGACGACUACACCUUUACCACCCCAACCUAAUGUUGCAGCCAUGUCAGUAGGCCUUGCUGACGCUGCACCUGCUGCUGCUCCUCUCGCAUCACCUCUUCAUCAACAAUAUCCAUCCACUGCUCCACCUCCUGUCGGUCCUCCUUUAUCCAAAAAGAACACAAAGAAAGAGUAA